AUGAUUAAUUUGGAACCAUCUCCAAAUACACCUAAUCAGAGCAACACAAUAGGUGAGGGUACAUCUUCUCAAAGCAACAUAAUAGGCGAAACUGAGUGUAGCAGUACCCGCCGACCACGGACGCUUGUUACUCUUUCUCCUGCAGGGUUAGAGCCUUCAUAUGAAUGCUCUGAGUUUAUAACUAAGUCUUUCAAGAAUGAACUUGAUCCUAAUGGAUUCAACUGGAAAAAUGUCUCAAAUGAGUUAAAAAAAAUUUAUUUUGGAGAAUUCAAGAAGGCUUUCUACUGGGAUUCUUCAAUUGAUAGUGCGGUGCAGAUCCAAUGGGAGCGUAGGGCAGCAAGAAGAUACAGUGAUUUUAUUAGCAAACUAAAAGCAAAUAUGGUGCAACCGGACACUAUUCCAAAUAAUGUGUGGGAAAGUUGGUCGAGACUUUGGAAAGAUCCUAAGUGUGUUGAAAAGUCAGAAAUAAAUGCAAAAAAUUAUUGUGGUGGGAGCGAAAUUGCCACUGGGACUCAUACAGGUGGCUCUAUCAGUGUUGGGGAGCAUCACAAGAGACUUGCUGUUAAAAAGGGUCGAGAUCCAACACCAAAUGAGUUGCAUUUGCACGUCCAUACACAUGGUAAUGAUGGAAAAUCUUUUGUUGCUGAGAAAUCCCGAAUCGUACAUGAAAAAUAUAAGGAGAUAUUACAACAACAAAUGCAAACUCAAUCUGACAUUGAUCAGUGUAAAGCAUAUUAUCAAGCCGCAGGAGGAGAAAAGUAAAGAAGAGUAUAUGGUCUUGUCGCAGCAAAAUGCUACUACGGGCCAAAUCUUCAUGGCUCUCUUGGAUCUGAUGCUACAUCGUCAAUAACACCUCCAAAUUCUCAAUCAACACCGACAGAGAAUCUGGAUGAGUUAGUGAUGCGAUUGAUUCCUUCACUGACAGAUCAUAUAGUUCCUGUAAUCGUUGAGCGGGUACGCGAAUUAGUUUCCUUACCCUCGCAUCAGCCAAAUAUUGAUAUGGCACCUACAGUUCCAACAUCUUCUACUGCUGCUAACAUUGAUGAGGUUCAUGCAUUGGGUUCUGAUGAUGACCGUAACUCUCCAGCCUAGCGUAGUUAGCUUACUUUGUUUGGACAUUAUUGUUGGUCCUUGUGGAUUUUUUGUACUUAAUGAUACUGUUAUAUGCAUUAUGCUAUAUAUU